GUUUGACUACCCCGCCGACGAGGUGCGUCGCGGUGUAACAGAAUACGUGCGCGAGAUGGACGAGGGCUUGUCGCAGGAGCACACCACUCUCAGCCAGAUCCCAACCUUUGUCACCUCUGUACCCAAUGGCACAGAAAAGGUAAGAGAAUCAGGCGCCUCUUCCCUCCGGAUCGAUCCGGACCCCGCCAGCUGACCAGACACACGACAGGGAUUGUAUUUGGCUGUAGACCUUGGCGGAACCAACUUCCGCGUGUGCUCCAUUGACCUCCAUGGAGACACCACUUUUUCCUUGACCCAGUCUAAGAUCAUGAUUCCUCGGGAGACUAUGUCCUCCGGUACCGCCAAGGAUCUGUUCCUGUUCUUAGCACGUCAGAUCGAGUCGUUCCUGCGCAUUCACCACAACGAGCACUUUGAGGCACACAUUCGCCGCCGCAACCAGAAGAAGGACGACUGCGAGGAGGAACUCUUCGACCUGGGUUUCACCUUCAGUUUCCCUGUUCGUCAGCUGGGCAUCAAUAAGGGUACCCUGAUCCGCUGGACCAAGGGCUUUGACAUCCCCGAUGCCGUGGGUCAGGAUGUCUGCGCGUUGCUGCAGUGCGCCAUUGAUGAGCUGGAUCUCCCUGUGCGUGUGGCCGCCCUCGUCAAUGACACCGUGGGAACCUUGAUGGCUCGCUCUUACACCUCCCCUGGUGCCACUGGUACUUUCCUCGGCGCCAUCUUCGGCACGGGCACCAACGGUGCCUAUGUCGAGAAGCUCGACCGCAUCACCAAGAUGCAGACCAUCGAACACUCUUCGUACGACAAGUCUACCGGGGAGAUGAUUAUCAACGCCGAAUGGGGUAGCUUCGACAACCACCUCAGCGUCCUCCCCAACACCGUUUAUGACCAGCAGCUGGACGCGGACAGCAACAACCCUGGCAUUCAGAUGUUCGAGAAACGCGUCUCUGGUAUGUUCUUGGGUGAGAUCCUGCGCCGGGUCAUGCUGGACAUGCACGGCAAAGAGUCCCUGGGUUUCCUCAAGUCUAGCGCAUCGUCGACCGUCUCGGUUCCUAAGGAGUCGUCCCUCUUCCGCCAGUGGGGCAUUGACACUAGCUUGUUGAGCUUGGUGGAGGCCGACAAGACCGAGAACCUGGAUCAGAUCAAGACGGCCCUGAAGGAUCACCUGAAGAUCGAGAACCCCAGCAACGACGAUUGCAAAGCCAUCCAGACUGUGGUACAUGCUAUUGGUAAGCGUGCCGCUCGUCUGGCUGCCGUGCCUCUGGCGGCUGUUCUCCACUCCACUGGUAAGCUGCAGUUGGAGGAUCUGGUAGAUAUUGGCGUGGAUGGCAGUCUGGUGGAGUUCUACCCCAACUUCGAGGGCCACAUGCGGGAUGCGCUCCGCGAGGUCCCCGAGGUUGGUGAGGCUGGUAACAAGAAGAUCCGCAUUGGUAUCUCCAAGGAUGGCAGUGGUGUGGGCGCUGCUUUGAUCGCUCUUGUCGCCAGUAAAGAGGAUGCCAAGAAGCCCAACACCAGCGGCCUGCGUGGUCAGUGAGGGGGGGAGGGGCAUCUGAUUAUUUUGGUGAUUUUUCAAUGUUGCUUCAACAAUUGUUGGAUUGAGCGGCCUUUUGCUAGGAUAUCAGGCAUUGACGUCGAGUCUGGACUCGGACCCGCAAGGGCAAUGGCUGAAAAUCCGCAUGGAUCAGGUGUUGGCAGAGCGGCUGGG